CUGCUGGUGUACCUGGAAAUCUAACUUUGCAUCUCAUUGAGGCUAAAGACUUAAUUGCAAAUGAUAGAGGAGGCACGAGCGAUCCAUAUGUGAGAGUUCGUAUUAAUAAAAAUGAUCAACAUAAAACAGCAGUCAUUAAGAAAACAUUGACACCAAGAUGGAUGAGAGAAAUCCUGGUAUAUGCAACAUUACAUCAACCAAGCCUAUUAUGGGUUUUAAGUGGGUGGAAUGUACCUGACCAGGAUUUGUAUACGGUUUCUACGGUAUUAAGGGACGAACAGGUAUAUAUACCAAAUCUUACUAGUUCUCCCUCACCGAUUCUGCUUCAAGUUAGAGAUUACAAUACGAUUGGUAAGGACGUUACCAUUGGCGAAUACUACUUAAAUUUAUGGGAACAUAUUGAGCCUG